CAGGAGGAGUAGCGGAGGCAGCGACACCGGCAGCAUCAAUAGAUCCGAGAAGAGAAGGACGCCAGUCUUGCCGAGGGAAAGUGAGAGCGAGAGGGUGAGAGAGUCCGGGGGCUACGAGAAUUGGCUCCGGGCGCUGGUCCGCCGACGCUCGAUUGAUAAGCCAGCGAGAUCGGGACAGAGGGGGUGGUUGUGUUGUGUGUCGUUGUUGUUAUUAUUAUUUUUAGUUUGGUUGUUAACGGUGGUGAUACAUAAAUUCGUCUGAUCUUGGUGACAAGUGAUCUUAGCGCUCCUCUGCCAGUAAGGCGGAGGGUGAUAAGGGCUGCGAGGGGCUCGCGACGCCGCUGCCAACCGCAGGCGUCGUCACCGGGCAGGACGUCCCGAACAUUUCGAAUCGACUGGUGGUGCAUCCAGGGUGAUUAGGAUGUGCCAAGGGGCGGGCGCCGGCAGGGCUUGGGCCGGUGCGCUGCUGGGCCUCCUGCUUGUACAGCUAGAGCUGCUCUGCUGCCUCGGCUCGCCCAACGCCAUCGUCGCCAAGUUCUACGACCCGGGCGUCGACCGCAUGAACCACCUUGUGGUUGAUAAGAACACCGGUCGCGUUUACGUCGGGGCGGUCAAUCGCCUCUACCAGUUCUCGCCGGAUCUUGACCUCGUUAUGGAGGAGGAGACGGGCCCGAAGAAGGACUCGCCCGAGUGCUCCAUGAUCGACUGUCCCCGGGAGGCCGUGCGAAAGCUCCUCGACAACGUCAACAAGGCCCUCGUCAUCGACUACACGACCACGAGGCUCAUUUCCUGUGGCAGCCUCUUUCAGGGUAUGUGCAAUGUCCGUGACCUGCGCAACAUCUCCGAGGUGGUACAAGAGGUGAAGGAGCCCGUAGUAGCGAACAACGCUACGGCCUCGACGGUGGCGUUCAUCGCGCCCGGACCACCGAAUCCACCGGUCAGUCAGGUCAUGUACGUCGGCGUCACGUACACCGGGAACUCGCCCUACCGCUCGGAGGUGCCCGCCGUAAGUUCACGCUCCCUCGACAAGGAUCGCAUGCUCAACAUCGCGGACUCGGCGGUGACGACCGGCACCCGCAUGUACGUGAACUCUCUCUCGCGGGAGCGCUACCCCAUCAACUACAUCUAUGGCUUCAGCAGCGAGGGCUUCAGCUAUUUCCUCACCACCCAGCUCAAAAGCACGAGCAAGACCGUCUUCAUCUCGAAGCUCGUGCGCGUCUGCCACGACGACCAGCAUUAUUACUCGUACACGGAGAUACCGAUCGAGUGCACGAGCAGUAAGGGUAAGACCUACAACCUCGUGCAGGCGGCGUACAUCGGCAAGGCGGGAUCGGUCCUCGCCGGCGAUCUCGGCAACACGCCCCAGGACGAUGUACUAUUUGCCGUCUUCGCCGAGAGCGAUGGGCCCAACAGUAGCAAGCCCAAGGCGCAGUCCGCGUUGUGCGUUUACUCGUUGAAGGCCAUUCGCAGACGCUUCAUGAGUAAUAUACAAAAGUGCUUCAGCGGCGACGGCGAGAGGGGAUUGGACUUCAUAUCGCCCAGUCACAACUGCGUCUCAACGAAGCUACAAACCAUCGGUGAAGACUUCUGCGGACUAGACGUGAACACGCCGCUGGGCGGCCAGGAACCGAUGACCGCAGUCCCGGUGCUCACCUUUGACAAGACACUGCUGACGGCGGUCGCCGCGACCUCGACCAGCGACUACACCGUCGUCUUCCUGGGAACGAGCGAGGGACACCUGAAAAAGCUCGUCGUGGAGUCGGCCUCGCAGGCCCAAGAGUACGGGGACCUGGAGAUCGACCGCAAGUCCCCCGUCAAUCCUGAUCUGCUCUUCGAUACUCAGCAUCAGAUGCACCUUUACGUAAUGACCGAGCGUCAGAUCGCGAAGGUUAAGGUGCAGGAGUGCUCGGUCUACAAGACCUGCUGGGAGUGCCUGAACGCGAAGGACCCCUACUGCGGCUGGUGCUCGCUCGAGAACAAAUGUAGCCUGAGAAGCGACUGCCAAGACGCCGCCAAGGAUCCGCUUUACUGGAUAUCCUACAAGAGCGGCCGCUGCACGACCAUUACCAGCGUCAAUCCCGACCAAUUGCAGAGGACCACGGCGAGGACCCUCGAGUUGGCCAUUGAAAAUCUGCCGACACUGCCCGGGCAGUUCUUGUGUGCCUUCUCGGCCCUCGAUAAGACGCUCAUUACCAAUGCCACCCGGAAAACGUACGGAGUGAAUUGCACGACGCCACGGACGGAUCUCCUGCCUCCAAUUCCACCGGGGCAGCAUCACUUUACAGCCAAAUUAUCCGUUAGAAUGACCAACGGGCCGGAUCUCGUUGCCACGGACUUCACCUUCUUCGAUUGCAGCACGCACAGCUCCUGCACGCAAUGCGUCUCCUCUAAUUUCCCUUGUGACUGGUGCGUCGAUGGCCAUAGAUGCACUCACGAUACGGCCGAAAACUGUCGCAACGAUAUUCUCGUCACUGGCGUUAGCAGAAUGGGCCCGAGCUAUAGAAGCGGUCCGGCUUUCUGUCCGACGAUCAACGCCACGGAUUCUAAGGAAAUCCUUGUGUCUUCGGGCAUCAAGAAGACCAUACGCGUCAAGGUCCACAUCAUUGGGCAAUUCAUCAUUCAGACUCGCUUCGUCUGUCAGUUCAACAUCGAAGGCCGUGUGACCAGCGUAAAUGCACGUCUCCUCGCCGACACGAUCUACUGCGACGACACCGAGUUCUCCUACACGUCCAGGGCGCCCAACAUCACCGUGCCCUUCGCCGUCAUCUGGGGUGGCUCCAAGCCCCUCGACAAUCCCGAUAAUAUUCACGUUGUCAUCUAUAGAUGCCGCGACAUGGCGGAUAAUUGCGGAAUAUGUUUGGCCCUCGCCGAGAAGUACGGCUGCGGCUGGUGUAUGACCUCGGAUCGCUGCGAAGUUAAGGACCAAUGCGACAAGGGCAGCGGCACGUGGCUCGAUCGCAAUCAGACCUGCCCGAACCCUGAGAUUCUCAAGUUCGAGCCGAUGAUGGGCCCAUGGGAGGGCCACACCAACAUCACCAUCACCGGCAUCAAUCUCGGAAAGACGUUCAAGGACAUUUAUCAGGGAGUCACUGUCGUCGGACUUACCUGUCAGCCGUACGAGGAACUCUACAUACGUACCAAACAAAUUGUCUGUAACGUCGAUGGGCCUGGCGAUAAAAAUAUUCGCGAGGGCCCGGUGAUCGUGAAGAUCGAGGACUUCCGCGGCCAGUCCAAGGAAACUUACAAAUUCGUCGAUCCGAAAAUAAUGUCCAUCUCGCCGACCCACGGCCCGGUAAGCGGAGGCACCCGACUCAGCAUAAUCGGCAACUACAUGAACGCGGGCAGUCGAAUCCAAGCCUUCAUCGACAAAUUGCCCUGCGAGAUCAAUAAUACCGAGCACGACGAGGUACUCUGCAUUACGAGCGCGAGCGACCGCAAACGUAAGGGUCCGCUUUACAUGUUCUUCGACAACUCCAUGAGAGAGUACAAUGGCUUCUUCGAGUACGUCGACGAUCCCAAAAUCGAGAGCGUGGAGAGUGGCGUUGGCGGUGGUCAGCUAAAGAUCCCCAAGGGCAUACCAUCCGGGGGCAUUAAGAUCAAUAUAACGGGCACGAAUCUUGGUUACAUACAGAAGCCCGAAAUGUACGUCUAUUACGAGGGCAAGCAGUUCUUUUCGCAGGCCUGCGUCAUCUUGAGCCAAACCAAUAUGGUCUGCAAGUCGCCGGAAAUCGAUGUGCCCGCGGGUGUGCUCGACGCCGAGAAGCCCCUUGCCCUGGAAUACGGCUUCCGUAUGGAUAAUGUCGCGAGGGUGCAGAAUCUCACUCAGCAGAAGCUCCAUCGGUUUUUGCUCUACCCCGAUCCGGUAUACGAAGUCUUCGACAAGGAGAUCAAGGACUACAAGAGCGACUAUUUGACGAUCAAUGGACAGCACCUGGACAGAGCCUGCCAGGAAUCGGACGUCGUUGUGAAGAUCGGAGACAGCUUCUGUAACGUAACGUCGCUCUCGCGACAACAGCUGACCUGCCGACCACCAUCGACUCAGCCUCCGGCCCUCGACUCUUUGGGCAAUCCAAAGCCCGAUCUACCGGAGGUCAUCGUCACCGUCGGCGGUAAUCUCGAAUACAAGAUCGGCAAGCUCAAUUACUCCCCGUCCGCGGGCUUGAACAGUCCCUUAUCCACGCCCGCGUUAAUCGGCGUCAUAACGGCAAUAGUGAUCCUGGUAAUCGUCUUCAUAGCCUUUCUCAUAGCCUAUCGGCGCAAGUCGACCGAGAGCAAUCGAGUGCUCAAGAACAUGCAGGAGCAGAUGGAUAUUCUGGAGCUGCGCGUCGCCGCCGAGUGCAAAGAGGCCUUUGCCGAGCUCCAGACCGAGAUGACCGACCUCACGGGUGACUUGACGAGCGGCGGAAUUCCCUUCCUCGAUUACAGAACUUACGCUAUGAACAUCCUAUUCCCGUCGGACGACAAUCACGUGGUGCUACAAAGAGAGAAGCCCGAGCUCGUGCGGAAGGAGAAGGGCUUGAGACUCUUUGGCCAGCUGAUAAUGAACAAGACCUUCCUCUUGCUCUUCGUGAGAACGCUCGAAAGCAAUCGCUACUUCUCCAUGAGAGACAGAGUCAACGUCGCGAGCCUUAUUAUGGUGACGCUGCAAAGCAAGAUGGAAUAUUGUACGGAUAUUCUCAAGACUUUGCUCGCCGAUUUGAUAGAAAAGUGCAUGGAGGGCAAAAGCCAUCCCAAACUCCUGCUCCGAAGAACUGAAAGUGUUGCCGAGAAAAUGCUGACCGCCUGGUUCACUUUCCUGCUUUACAAGUUUAUGCGAGAAUGCGCCGGCGAGCCAUUGUAUCUGCUGUUCCGUGCCAUGAAGCAACAAGUGGACAAAGGACCGGUCGAUGCUAUUACCUCGGAAGCCAGAUAUUCGCUUUCGGAGGAGAAACUCAUAAGACAGUCGAUUGACUUUAAAGCGAUGACGGUGUACGUGUCCAUCUCGCAACAGACAGUCUUUGUCGGCGGCAUGGAUCCAAAUACGGAGAAUGUACCAGUUAAAGUUUUAGAUUGUGAUACCAUAUCUCAAGUGAAGGAGAAAGCGCUGGAUACCAUAUACCGAUCCACGCCCUAUAGUCAAAGGCCGAGAAAGGACGAUCUUGAUCUUGAAUGGAGAACGGGAGCUUCGGGUAGGCUGAUCUUAUACGACGAGGAUUCGACGACGAAGACCGAGGCCGACUGGAAGAAACGCAACACUCUGAAUCAUUAUCGCGUGCCAGACGGGGCCUCGCUCAACUUGGUCUCCAAGCAAUCUUCCAUUUACAAUCUCUCGAUCCUGUCCGAGAAGACGGACAAGUCGCACAAGUACGAGACCUUAAAUCUCAGCAAAUUCAGCUCGGCAAGUCCACCGCUGUCACGCGCCACCUCGCCUCUCAAUCACGACCACGACGGUGGCCUCAAGGUUUGGCACCUCGUCAAGCACCACGACACCGACGUUCAGAAAGAAGGCGAGCGCGGCAACAAAAUGGUAUCGGAAAUUUAUCUCACGAGGCUCUUGGCGACCAAGGGCACGUUGCAGAAAUUCGUCGACGAUCUCUUCGAAACGAUAUUCAGUACGGCGCAUCGCGGUUCCGCUUUGCCGCUGGCCAUCAAAUACAUGUUUGACUUCCUCGACGAUCAAGCACUGCAUCAUCAGAUUACCGAUCCCGAGGUCGUGCACACGUGGAAAAGCAAUUUGCUGCCGCUCAGGUUCUGGGUGAAUCUAAUCAAGAAUCCGAAUUUCAUAUUCGAUAUCCACAAGUCCAAUAUCGUCGACUCCUGCUUCUCGGUCGUCGCGCAGACUUUCAUGGACAGCUGCUCCACGUCCGAUCACAGAUUGGGCAAAGACUCGCCAAGUUCGAAGCUUCUCUAUGCCAAGGACAUUCCAGUGUAUAAAGAGUGGGUAGAGCGCUACUAUUCGGACAUUAAAAUUAUGCAAGCCAUAUCUGACCAGGACAUGAACGCAAUGCUCGCCGAAGAAUCAAGACUGCACACAAACGAAUUUAACACAAACUGCGCUUUGUACGAGCUGUACACCUACGCGAGCAAGUACAAUGAGCAGCUGACGGUAACCCUGGAAGAGGACGAGUUCUCGACGAAGCAGAGGCUCGCCUACAAGCUCGAGCAGGUGCACAACAUAAUGGCCGCCGACGGCAAUCCCUGAUGUCCCGUUUACACGAGCAAGCACUCGAACAAAUCCGCGCACAACGAACUGGCCUGCUGAGGCCCGAGGAGCUCGACGGUGGCCGGCAAUGACGCAGCCGCCGCCGUCGACGAUUACUGGGACGGCUUCGGGAUACUCGACGCCGAGCACCAGUAUCUCCUCGCCUC